AUGUCGGCCCAAGAAUCAGCAGCAGAUCAACAACCGCCAGCCUCAAGCACCGACGCCGAACUUUCGUCGCACCAAGAACCCCAUCAAGAAUCCCACCAAGAAGACCUCAUGAUGGAAGCUCCGGAUUCCCCACCCGAUCUCUACGCCAAUAACCAUAGUUUCUCUGAUACGCCCGCUACGACUCCCUCGAAGAGUGCGGCCCCUCAGGAUAAGAUUAAUCAUGGGUCGCCGGGUAGUUCGUGGUCUUCGAAGAAGUUUAGAGAGGAGUAUGAUAGGGCUUGGGAUGCGUUAGUUGAUAAGAAUUGGGAUGGCAAGAAAUAUGGUGAUCCGUUGGUGAAGAAUUAG